AGAGAGUUGGAAUUAGGAAUCCAGAAGAAAGCUCGCUUGUGCGCUUCGUUUGCUCCGAGCGAGGAUUCGUCUCUUGGAGGGGGACGCUUUCGGCGGCCUGACCCUUUGCUAGGAAGAGCGGGGAAGGAGGAGCCUGAACGGGCGGUGCCCUGGGGCUGGAGGAAGUUUUGCACUUGGGCUGCAGUGGGGAAGAUUGAGAGAGAGGAGCGCCUGCGGCUGAGGAGCUGCUUGCGAGAGCGGCGCAAGGAGAGGAAAGGUCGAGUUGGAAACCAUCCUUGUCCAGCUCCUCGCGAUACCUCCACCCAUCCGCGCAUCAGUUCCUCCCUUCACCGGCCCUUCGCUGUCGCCCCGAUCGCCGGCACGAUGGGCGGAUCAAGCUCCAGUUUGCUGGACGAGAACAAGUGCACCUACAUCCGAGGAACGACUGAAGCGGUGAUCAAGAACUUUAGCCCACACUAUAAGCGCCAAUAUGCUGUGUCCUUUUGCAAACACAUCCAGAAUGAGCUGGAACAAAAUAGAGAUCUGCAAUCCCAAUUCUUAAAAACAAAGCCACCUGGAUUAUCCAGCAUGGUCCUUUAUGAAGGAGAAGUGUCACAUUUUGCUGAAGACUUGAAGAAAUGGAAAGACAGAUACAUAGUAAUUAAAAGUAACUAUGCCGUGGAAAGCUUUGAAAGCAAAGAGGCAUUCCAGAAAGGAGUAAGUUCAAAAAGUUGCAUUCUCCCUGUUGGAGGCAAAGUGCUAACUACAGAAGAAGAAUAUAACUCACUAUCUGAUAAACAUUUUCCAGAACCUAAUGGUUCCAAUGAAAAGGAGAAUACCCAGGCCUUUGUUGUCCCUCCAAAGGAAUUUCCAGUCUAUCUCUGGCAGCCUUUCCUUAGACAUAGUUAUUACUGUUUUCUGGACUCAGAGGCUCAAAAGCAAUUCAGCACUAUGUUGAAUGAUUGCAUCAGGCACUUAAACCAUGAUUCUUUCAAACAGCCUUCCUUUGAAGCUCAAGCAUUUUUAGAAGCUGUCCAGUUUUUCCGUCAGGAGAAAGGCCAUUAUGGGUUGUCAGAAAUGAUUACAGGAAAUGAAAUUCAGAUUCUUAGCAACCUUGUGAUGGAGGAGCUCCUACCCAGCCUUCAGAGCAUGGUGCUCCCUAAAAUGAAAGGGAAGAGGAAUGACCGUAAGCGGGCAUGGUUUGGUAUUCUAGAAGAAACUUACCACCUGGUCCAUAAUCAGGUGUCAGAUGGUUUAGGUGCUCUGAAAGAAGAAUGCAAAGAGGUCACUCUAGGACUAGAAGGGACUAUUCGUUCAAACAUGGACCAAAUUGUGACUUCGAAAGACUUUUUAGCUGGGAAAAUAAAAGGGAGCAUAGCUGAACCUAUCCAGAUCUGUUGUGGUGAAAGUAUUCAGCCCUUUUUAGCUUCUCUGCUAGAGGAACUCAUGGGGCCAGUGAGCUCUGGAUUCACCGAAGUCUGCCUGCUGUUUGAAAAGGAGGUCAAUGAGAUCAGCCAAACCUUUCAAGCAACAAAUGAUGUUGCAACACUAAACGAGAACGUGAAUCACCUGAUGAAUCUGCCACACAACUCUGUCAAAAUGGAACCUUGCUAUCUAAAAGUCAACUUUCUUCAAGAGCAACUCCAAGACCUCAAGAGCCGCUUCAAAUUCCACAGUGUUGACUUGGUUAUCCAGAGGACACAUAAUGUCAUGCAGGAGCUUCUGGAGAAUGCAGUAUAUACAUUUGAGCAGCUGUUGGGUUUAAAUCACUCCAAAGACAUAACCAAAAUGGCAACAGCCAUUGAAAAGGUCAAACUUCGUGUCCUUAAGCAAUAUGAUUAUGACAGCAGUACCAUCCGGAAGAGGAUAUUUCAGGAUGCCUUGGUCCAGAUCACUUUGCCCACACUGCAGCGGACAUUGGCUUCAACAUGUAAACCAGUACUUCAGGAAUAUGAGCAAUAUAUUUUUGCUGAAUAUAACAGUGUGAUACAAGUUGAAAAUGUCUAUGAAGAGAUUCUGUUUCAAACAUUGCUUGAUGAAUCCCUAAAAGUGAUAAAAGAAGCUGUUCAUUUGAAGAAACAUAACCUUUAUGAGGAAAUAAACAUACCUUCUGAAAGUGUAUCCAGUUUGAGUGAUCUAAAAACCCCUUUGGAAUCAGCACAAGCCAGCCCAGUUAGAGUGCCGACCACCAACUUGAGGGAUGAAUCAGAUGGUGGCCUUGAAAGUAAUGAAGUCUUCUUAACAGAAGAACGUCCUCGAGAAAAGGAAUGUGAUGAGGCUAGGAAGGCAGCGGACAACAAAGAAGGCAUUUCAGCUGCUGAAGCUAGUAGUCCUGCUGACACAAAAGAAGAGGGGGUAAUAAGUUCAGAUCUUGGUGGCAGCGAAUUUUGUCCAAAGAAACUUACUGUUGUAGAGGGAGCCCUUCCAAUCACAAAUGUUAGUGAAAACACAGUAAAACAAAAUAAAGGAUUAGCAGAAGAGAAAGAACAUCCAGUUCAUGAUGAUGUGAAUGAAAUUAGAAAUUUGCUGACCUGGACUGUUGAACUACAAGAAUGUGAGCAGUCUGGAAACAAAGAACAGGAUUUACAGGAAUGUAGAAUCUCAAACCCAAAGGAAGAAGCAGAAGCAACGAGUAAAGAGGACAACAUAAAUGCAGAGGAGUAUCAAACAUGCGAGUUGCAGAAGCCAUUUAACAUGCCAUUUCCAUCCACUGUAAAAGCAGAUGAUACAAAUAUUGUAAAUAGCUCUUGGGAAGGAAGCACCAUAAUUCAUCAGGAUGCUUCUGGGAAGUAUGAAGAACAGAGUCUCAGUGAUAUCUCAAGGGCAGAGUUGAACACAGAGCCAAACAUAACACAUUCAGAUGAAAAAAAUGAAAGUAUCUAUGACCAGUCUGAAACAAAGCCAUCUAUUGAAAGUGGACAAUCUGACCAGAGCAAAGUAGGCCUUUCACCUCAUAAUGUUGUCUCUGAAGAACAGAAGUCACAAACAGAGCAUGCUGAAAGUGAACAACCCGACCAGAUAAGAGAAGGAUUUUCUUCUCUCCAUUCUUUCCCAAAGGAAGACCAUUCCCAAAUAGGACAAUGUAUUAAAACAGAUUAUCAGGAAGCAGAACUGUCCCUUCUGCAAUCUGUCCUGAGGGAAACAGAGAUAUCAUCUUUCUUGAGCUGUUCUGCUGACACUCAAGAAAGCAUGUUGAAUAUAGGAUCUUUAAACCCUGAACCACCCUAUCUGCCAGCUUCCUCAGAAAUAAAAGAAACUGAGACUAGCAAUCUGGUGAGCAUGGACUCCAAAAAUGUCACUUGUGAUCAAGGGGAUGAUUCUGAGCAAGCAGGUGUGUCCUUGCUGGGUGCAGAUGCUGCAGAUAAGAGUGAUGAAAGAUUGAAAAAUACUGAGGGCAACAGUUCUGAUUCACCAUUUGAAAAAUAGAAAAACACUAUUUUGGAAAUUUAAAGCUUGAACCCUGAGUUACGAUUAGUCCCCUUAAAAUCAGAGUGGAGAAAUUUAUUCAAAUUCGCAAACUUUUUGAGAGCCAUCUUUUAAUUUGAACCUGUGGCUUUCUGAAAAUCUGUACUGUUUGAAUAAUACUCUUCUGUCAGUUGCUGCUGCUUCUCAUUUACUCAUUUCAGAAGUGAAUAAUCAAAAAAUCAUCACUAAAGUGGGGAAGAGUUUUGUCAAGUACCAGUUUUAAUUCGACAGACCGUUUAGCCUUUCUCAUUUUUUGAAAACACAGUUCAUUGGGAAUAUUCAUUGCCACUGUUGACAAUGAACAAUCCAUUUGUGGAUGAGAUUUCAGUGAUUGUCAGCAGAAUUUGGAAAGAAGUGCUAAAAUCGGGCGUUAUUAAGAGAGAAAAAAUAUUGCAUGAUAUGUAGUAAAGAAAAAAGGAAGGCAAAUCUCCACAGAAGUUAUAAAAUUUCCUUUACUGGAGUCUUAUGCAACACAAUUGUGCAUAGCGUUUUGAACUUUCAUAGCUAUAUUGUUGCUUUUGUACUUAAAAGCUUUAGUAGAUAUUUUGAGAAUGGAGAGAGCUGAUUUCUCUCCUCUCAUCGUUGUUAUUGUUGCUAUAUUUAAAAUUUGCCGGAAUAAUUGGAGCAGAUUUCUUUAUCCUAUUUUUCUAUACCUUCUGCAGAGCACUUUAUACCUACCGUACUCUUUUCAAAGGGAAUGACAAAUGUUUACAGGAACUUGUACUAUACACAAAAAUGAAACGAAAGCAAGCAAACAAAUUAAUAAUUCAGAGCUGAGUAUCAUGGCAGUCCAUUUUCCAAAGGUUGAAUCUACUCCUGUAUACAUUAUGCCUAUGUAAGAUGAUUUCCAUAUUACUUAUUUGACACCAUUUAUUCUGAUUCUGCUAAUUAAGGAGACAAGAAGUGGUAGCAGGCCAUUGGGUCAGUCCAAAGCCCUUGAACUGAUUUGGCUAGAAAGCUGGAAACCAAGAUCCUUCUUUAAUUCUUCAUGUGCAGUGUAAUACAAGGCUGCCUAUUUCUCUUUUAUCUCUAUAAAUAAGAAGGCUCCAGAUAUUCAGUGAUUUUUUCAAAGUAGGACAGGGCGUUUAUAACUCCACUCCUCUGACUCACAACUUGAAAACAGCCUUCUAAGGGCUACAUCCAAUUCUUUUCUGUCUUAUCUCUUACUAUAGGAAGAAGGGAAAUCCAUGCAGUACAGCUGGUUGUACUGCUACCAGAUGGCCACAAAGUAUUUUAAAAUUGAUAGCAAGGGCAGAUAAGCUGAUUCAUUUAUUAAAAGCAAGUGCUGCAAAUGUAGUCAAUCUGAAUAACUAACAACAUGCUGUAAAACAAUUAAAAAUGUUCAUAAUUAGUUGCAUUAGCAGACUCCAGAGUAGCUACAGAUAGUAUUAGUCACAAAACAGUAAAUGUCAUUGCUUCUCACCAUAGUGUUAAUGUGAGCAUUUUUAGGCUGAUCAUAUUCAUAUAUUUAACUAUAGAUCUUUGCUUACGUUGGAAGGUAUAUUUUUCCAAAUAAACAAAUCAGUUAGUAAUUGCUGUAUUGCAAUAGCAGCUAACUUGAGUUGCCACUGGCCCAAAUGAGCACUCAUGUCUGGGCAGGAACAGAACUCUCCAGCUAGAACAGAGAAUUAUGGCUACGCUUUUGGCUGCUUGAAAAUGACCCCACAAAAUUAUUAUUUUAAUUUACUAACUCAUUGCUCAUAUUUCAGCAUCCAGUUUUCUAACUUCUGUUCACGACCCUGAGAACUAAAAUACUUUUAGAUUGAUUCUUUGAACAAAUACCUUUUAAUUACAUACACCUACAGAUUUGUUGUUGCGAUCAUUGCUCUGAUAAGCCAUCAUUCUAUUAUUUCAAUUCAGUGCAUGAAACAAAAAAGCAGCAGCCUUAAAUAAGUUUGCAUUGCAUCGUAAUUAUAGAUCUCUUUUUUUAACAUGUUGGAAUAAUUUAUAGCAUACUAAGAGAGCCAUGGAUGUAGCAUUCUAUAUUCCAGAAGUGAUGAGCUGAAAAGAUAAUUUAUAGCUACAUUUCUCUACUUCCUAUAUAUCCAGAACAGUAAAAUAUGUCCCUUUGCUGUUAGUCAUGCAACAGAAAUAACAGAUUUAGGAUUUGAUCUGUGCAUGCUGGAAAAACUGAAUGAUGGCAAUUAGCAUAAUUAUAGAAACAAUUAGUCACCAAUUAGCCAUACACUUGUCACAGCCAGCACUUCCCACACCCAACCAACUUGCCAUUAUCUGACAACUGGAAAAAGGCCAAGAGGGCAGAUUUAGCCCUAAAGUCCCUAGUUGCUAAUCUCUGUCAGUUAUAUUACAAUAUGUGAAUUAAUCUGAGAUUUUAAAUAUUUAAUCCUUACUAUUAUUGUUGCUUCAGAAAUAAUGUCUGUCGAGCCAUCAGGGGCAUUCAUAGUGAUAGCCACUGCUUCAAACUGGGGAAGAGGUACAACCAGGCGAUCAAAGCCCUGCCCUUUUCUACAUGUGUGCAGUGCAUGCAACACAUAUUAAAAGGGGGCAAGACUUUCAUUGGUUGGUUGCAUUUGUCAUGUUUCAGUAAGUGACUGUCACUAUGGCACCCCUCUCAGGUAUGGUCUUUUAGUUCUCACAGUAUAAGUUAAAAAAUUAAAAGGUACUAUGCAGCAAAAUAUUCUCGAUGAAUUGUUAUCUAUACAUGAAACCAGUUAUCUUCUGUCUUUUUGCAAGAUAAUAUAAUAUAUAUAGACAUUUGUUCCAGUGUUUUAUUAUUUGUGCUUGAAUAGAAAAGAUAUCCUCCCAUCUAGAUAUUCAAGUCCUUUCUGAUUGCUUGUUUUUAAAAAGCAUCCUUAGAUUGAACAUAUUCUUAUGUUGGAAAUGAACAUCCCAUCAAAGCAUUAGAGUAGUAAUCAGUGAUUACAGGAUUUAUUGUCCAAAAUGUUUGGAGAGCACUGCCUAACAACAUCUGAAGAUUCUUGACAUCUGUAUUAAUUGUGCAUGCCAAAAAUGGUUUGGAAGAAAUGCUUCAGAGCUUAUGUGAGUAGAAAUGCAAUUCCUCUCUGCUCUUAUUGAAGCUUUCAUAUCUUUUUUCAGAUUUCUGAAAGUCUGAAAAAGGACAUCACUGCUUUAAGAGUCAUAUGAGUUGAUUCAUUAAAGCAGCUGCAUCUUUUUUUAGGCUCACCUAAAAGCUUGAAAAAAAGGAGUGCUGGCUGUAAUUAAUAGUAGAGUGGUGCUGUGAAACAUUCCUUCUAAAUUGUUUUCAAAGUUUGCAUAGCCCAAGCCUGUAUAUGGUAACCCAGUCGUAAACAUCCUGAAAUUUCAGAAAUGUCUCGGUGUGAAUAUCAUUUCAGAAGUAGAGCUUCUUUAUGAUGCUGUAAGAAACUUGGCAUUGAUACUGAAAAUAAUAAUCUAUGUUGUGUUCCUGUUCUCACAAUAUGCUUUCAUAAUAUCACAUUUCCUAACCUGCACUCUAUAGAAUUUGAUGUGGAAGCAGACCUUUGUUUACUGAAUGUAACAUGAGAUCUUAAGAAAGAUGUGUUGGAUACUAGGGCAGUGUAUAUUUAAAAAAUGACUUGGAACAGGUGCACGGGAACAUGCAUAGCUAUAACACCUCUUUCAAGCAGCCAGGUUUUUUUUCGGGCUUCCUUGGGAAACUGAAAAAUAAUUUAGCUGUUUUAAAGCAAUGCUGUGCCUAUGCUCCCCUAUAUACCAAAAUAUCUCUUCUGCAUUAUUUUCAAAACAUGUACAGCCUGAUUAGAUGUCAUGAAAGGGAGAUAAAAUUAAUGCAAGUCUACCAUUUUAAUUGGUAAAAAUUGAGUAUCAUGGUUGUGAUUUAUAAUACAUAUUUGUUUCCUCAAACAAGAGGUCUAAUUAUUUACUUAUAAGUGAAUCUGAACUAUUUUUAUUUGGUAACAGGUCCAAUUGCUUGUGGUUGAGCUUUAAGGAAAUAUAUUUAGGAUUGCAGUUUUAAAAAAAGGGAAUUCCUGAUUAUUUUUUUUUUCAUUUUGAAGGUUUGAGUAUUUAAUUGGAAAUAAUCUUUUUAAGUUUCUUCUCUUGAGACUUUUUUUUAAAGCUGAUAUACUCUAACUUCAUAUGUAGAUGAUUUCUUUCCUAUGCACAGAAUGUUCCAGGUAUCAUUUAACAUUCUUUAUGUGUACAUAUUUCAUUUGAUUAAUCAGCUUGAGUUUAAAAAAAAUACAAAACACAAUGUAAUGUGGUUAACUUUUCUCAAGUGCAUGUUCCCAAAUAAAAUAUUAAUCUCUCA